AUGCCUAAAGUUAACGUAAAAUGGUCUGGCAAGCAGUUCGAGGUUGAUGUUAAUCAAGAACUGGAGCCUUUGGUGUUCAAGUCUCAACUCUUUGAACUAACUGGAGUGGUGCCUGAAAGACAGAAGGUUAUGGUUAAGGUAUGUGACGUUUUUUAUACUUGGUUAUGUUUUUAGGGGAAGACUUUGGCUGACGACAAUUGGAAUGGCGUGGCUUUAACUGACGGUACCAUGAUGAUGUUGUUGGGAAGCACUGGAGGUAUUCCUCAAGCCGUGAAGCCGGCUGAUGAAAACCAAAAGCCUGAUGGUGAAGCCAAGAAAUUGGCAUUGCCAGCUGGCAUGGUCAAUUUAGGCAACACUUGCUACAUGAACGCCACUCUUCAAUCCUUUUUGGUAAGAAACAUUGUUUUAGGUAGCAUUUUGUGGUGUUUAACAGAAAGAAAAAUAUAAUUAUUGUGAAGUGGUGUGCUAACGAGGCAAAACUUUACAGAGAAUUUAUAUUGGUAAUUUUAGACGAUUCCCGAGCUUGUUCAAGGAGUUCAAGGAUGGAAUGCCAGAGGUGCUGAAAGAGCUAGAAGUGAUACCUACAGAUUGUAUACCAGUUCUAUCAGGAACUUGUUUAGUGAGAUGAAGUCGAAGCCAAAUGGCACUGUAACUCCACUUGUUCCGUUACAAGUAAGUCAUUAAUCUUUUACGUUUUGCUGAUUUUAGUAACGAGGUUUUUAAUAUAAAAAGAUGAUAUAAUUAAUACCUUUUAAUGGUUAGUAAAAGUAAAAGGUGACAGCAAUUAACACCGAGUAAAAAGCCGCAUCUUAUAGUUGAUGCACUCUUUGUAUCCUCAAUUCGCGACCAAAGGAGAACGAGGUGGAUAUGAACAACAAGAUGCCAAUGAAUGUUUCACCGAAUUAUUGAGAGAGUUCUCUGGAUGUGCUGAUAUCAACGUUGGGGAAGGUAAGGUGCCGGUACGACGAUUUUUGGAGGGUGAAUUUGAUGUUACUAUGAAGAACAUGGAAAGUGAAGAAGAACCGGAACAAAAGUCAAAGGAAACCUUCUUACAAGUAGGUAUUAGGUACCAAGUUGAGCAUUUGAGAUGUAUAGACAUAAGCUUUUUAAGUGUCUUAUUGAUUAAAACAGGCAUAAGCUCGUUAUAAUCUUUGAUUUGAGUAAAGUUGGUAUUGAUAUCUUUUGUUUUUAGUUGAGCUGUUUCCUGUCGCAAGAAGUCAGGUACGUCCAAUCAGGUAUCAAGUCAAAGUUGACUGAAGAGAUCGAGAAGAACUCUCAGACAUUGGGCAGAAACUGCAAAUACGAGAAGAAAACUUUGAUUUCUCGUUUACCUGCCUACCUCAGCAUUCAGAUGGUCAGGUUCUUCUACAAGGAGAAAGAUCAGGUAACAUUGUGAAUAACUUUAAUAUUAUUGAUGAUUUUAAGACAGUAAUAUGCUUAUUAUUUUAAACAUAGUAUUUUAUUUCAGAUAAACGCUAAAAUUUUGAAAGAUGUCAAGUUUCCCAUGAUUCUGGAUGUGUUCGACUGUUCUACUCCUGACCUUCAAGCGAAAUUGAAGCCUCAAAGAGAUGCUUUCAAGGUAUGAUAUAUCUUAUUUCUUUUUUUAAAGUAUCUUGAUGUUUUUCAAUACUAUCUACAAUAACUUAGCUUUUCAACUUCAAGACUUUGUUGCUUUACAAUGGUUUUUAAUAAUAACUAUUUUUCUUUAGGAAUACGAAGACAAAGCCGUGGAGAAGAUCCGAACCUCAAAACUUGGUGAAGAGUCGAAGAUGGACGUAGAUGUCAAGUAUGCUCCAUCUGACUUCGAAGGAGAUCCAGGAUCUAACAACUCGGGCUUUUACCAGUUGAAUGCCAUUAUCACCCACAAGGGUCGUAGCAGUAACAGUGGACAUUACGUGGCAUGGGUGCGGGUGGACGACAAGAAGUGGGCCAUGUGUGAUGACGAUGAAGUUCACGAAGUCACCGAAGACCAGAUCCAGAAGCUGUCGGGUGGUGGAGACUGGCACUGUGCCUACGUGCUUCUCUAUGGCCCCAGAAGACUACCUCUUCUCGAGUAA